UUCUUAUAUCUGGUUCAGCUGAUAGUUUGGAUAUUGACGACUUGCGUCAGAACACUAACUAUACAGGAGGCUACAACGCUGGACAUUAUGUGAUUGAUAUGUUCUGGGAAGUUCUGAAAAGCUUCUCAACCGAAAACCAGAAGAAGUUCUUAAAAUUUGUGACAGGCUGUUCGAGAGGACCACUGCUUGGUUUCAAAUACUUGGAACCUGCAUUCUGUAUACAGAGGGCUGCGGGUAGCGCGAGUAAUGAAGCAGUUGAUAGACUACCUACAUCAGCCACAUGUAUGAACCUUCUCAAGCUUCCUCCCUAUCAAAGCAAAGAGCAACUUGAGACCAAAUUGAUGUACGCCAUAAGCGCAGAAGCAGGUUUUGACCUGAGCUGAGUAUCUUUUGCGACUUUGUCGCACGGAGAAACAGAUGAAAGACAAAGGGGGUGCUUGGUAGAAGACAGAGAUGAGGAAGAAUCAAAAGCAUGUUUCUUGGAUGUGGAAAAAAAAAACAGGAACUUUUUUUUCUUUUGUAAUAUAUAUUUAAUCAAGGAUGAUGGUAAAUAUCUUUUGAGUGCAUAAUAAUACAUAGGAAAGGAAACGUAACAUUUUGGUUUGGAGAAUAAAUGAACCAUGUCAUCAGAUUUGCAAACAA